AUGCAAAAUCUUGAAAACUCUUUCACCGAUAGAAUAUUAUUUACGGAUAAAAUAGCUUCCAGACCUGGAGCACACAAGCUACGAUGUCUCUUCAGGGUAGCCUUCGUUCCAGCUUCAGCAGCAGCCUUGGCACAAAAAGAUCUUCACGCGUUAGACUAUCUAUACACGCAAUGCUGUAAUGACGUCAUUCAAGAGCGUUUUGCCCCAGAGCUUCAAUAUGAUACGGCCCUUAGGUUGGCCGCUCUGCAUAUCUAUCAACAUGCCCUAGCCCACAAUGUGCAAGCUUCAAAACUGACAGUCAAAACGGUUGAGAGAGAAUUUGGGUUGGAACGUUUUAUUCCAGCCUCACUUCUAGAAAAUAUCAAAAGGAAGGAGAUCCGAAAGUUGAUCGGCCAUUUUCUAAAACUCCACUCUAGCAUGGCCGGCAUGGGUAAACAACUGACAGCUCUUCAAGCCAAGCUUCACUACCUAGACAUUGUGAGUCAAUUACCCAGUUACGGUGCCAAAUGCUUUUCAGCGGGUCCUAGAGGAGAUACCCUAGAAAGGGUGAUAUUGGUUAGUCCGAAGUUUGGAAUUAGCCAGAUCACUGGUACGAGGAAAUCCGUGUUUCAGCCAAUUCCUAUCGCAAAUAUAGAAGAUAUGCGCCGCAUAGAAGUACGAAGUGAAGACGAAGUUACUCGCACCGUUUUAGUUCACCUUCAGAACGAGAAAAUAGUACCGAUUUCCCUAGAAGAGCGCGAUGCUUGCGAACUAGCCCUUGUUCUUUCGGGCUACUUUAGGCUAUCAACCAGUCAAAACCUUUCCAUAGACCAGGAGGAACUACCCCAAGUCGAGGAUCUUGCUCCUCCAUACUUGUCCCAACACAAAGUCGUUCCUGAAAAGUGGAGUUACAUGGAUCAAGCCUGUCUGAAAUCUGCCUGCUUUGCUUCCAUGCCUAUUUAUAAAAAUAUUAAUAAGAAGACUAAUGGUUUAUACAACACUGUGGGCAGGCAAGCAAAACAACCGUUGAUGAUUGGUUACAGUUUGGACAGUAAUAUGAAUAGAUCGAUGACAGAUAGAAAUAGGUUUUAUAGUUUAGAUGCUAAAGCAACUGAAUUGGAGAACGAGGUGUACGAAAACGGUGUUUUGGAAGCCCGAAAUGAAGAGAUAUUACGAAGGGUCCAAGAAAUGCAACAAUUAGUAGAAUAUUCAGAGCAGUACCUUACCGAACAAGAAAAUCUAGAAAGACUGAACUCAUUAGCAGAAUGGCAAGAAACCAGUGUAGAUAUAGAAAGUGAUAACGACGAACCUGGAAAGUUAAAGCACAGUGAUUCUCUUCUGCUUCUCAACAAGGGACAUAGUGGAGUAGAGAGGCGGCAUUCAUUUACAAGUGCUGCUAUUGAAUUGCUAAGGCAAGAAACUACCUGUUCCGAAAGUGAUAAUGAUUCUUUGUAUACACCUAGCAGUUCUCCAAAGCACAAGUUUUUGCCAAAUAAUGUGGACAACAAAAUGAAUAGGGUGAGUUUUGGUUUACGAAGUCCCGAUGGCCAUCCAAAUAAAGAACAAGACCUUCAAGCUUACCUCCAAUACCUUCGAGCUGCUAAGAAAAAUGACGAGAAUGUCUCCAGCGACGAUGUGGAAUCUAUUAACGAUAUCUACAUUUUUGAUCCAGAUAUCAUUGAUUUGACGAUGAUUCCUCCCCCCAGUACUCCAGAUGAACUGGAUUGUGCCUUACCAAUGCCCAUUAACCUUCCGCCUCGCUCAUUUGCGGAUUCUAUAGACAAAUUAAAUAAAUUAGGUAUUUUAGAUGAACACCAAGACCUAGAAGAUUUCCUAGCUAGUGUAACCGUUCCCCCUCCGACACAAAAGGUAACCCCUUCAGUGGAACUUACUCCGGAAGAAAUAAUGGCUUACAUAAUUCCACCACCACCAAUGCAGAGCAGUACUGAAAACUUGACAAUACUACCACCAUCAGAAACCUCUCCCAACCAAAAAGACAGAAACCAAACCACAACCAAAUCGAAAGUAAUAGAAUACGCUACUUUCGAUAGAAAGGGGCCUUUCUCGUGCUGUGCGAAAUCUAAGACUGAUAAAAAUUUGAAAGUAGAUGAAAAUAUACAACCUUUACCACGCCGAAGUUCCGAUGAGAAACCUCCGGAAAGACCUCCCAAAUCCAUGACACCGGAAAGACAAAGGUCGCAUUCCCUCACAACAAAUAUUCUAAGAAACAAUUCCGACUUCCCACCACCAAAGUUACCUCCAAGAGGCGAGAAUAAUCACCAAGCUCCACCUCACUUGUUCUUACCCCCGAAAAAACCUCCGUUACCUCCGGUACCUUCUCUUGAAGUUCUCCGACAGAAGAAGAACGCGCAACAUAUAAAGACUGGGCUGGAAACCCGCACUGCUAGUAUCGGGUCACCUUUGUUUCAACGUAGUCGAAACGUUUCAAAUGAUUUGGAAGUUGGUGGACCGGGCGUUGCUGAAGGAAAGUCGUGUCUUAAACAUGCUACGGCUGUCAGUACCCCCACGUCACCUCAUAUGGGACGUAGCGCUCACUUAAAACUAGUUCCUGUGCCAUUAGAUUCCCCCGAUCACCCUAAAUACCAAAAUUCUUUGGAUUCCCUCUCCCGUUCACCAAACCAUAGUCCAGCUCCUGAUCUAUCUCUCGUUAAUGACCGCCUUAGGUCAAGUUUUAAGAGCACAGAACAUCAGAACGGGGGCUGUCCCAAGCUCAAUGGCUGCACCUCUAGUCGAGAAAAUCUGCUUCAGAAAACAGAUAUCGCCAUGGCGAAUCUCUUGGUCAGGCUAGACCAAGUUGCUGCGCAGUGUACUGCGGCACAAGUGCAUGGGGGCGGGAGAUUGAUAAGCGAAGAGAAGUUUCAGGUAGCUAAAGAAGAGCUCACCUCACAGUCUUUGCAGCUCGUCACAUCCAGCAAAAUGCUAGUUAUAGCAAUGUCGGAUCCCAGUCUUCCGGACUUGCCAGAAAACCUUGCAAUAUGCCUCACCAUACUACGCAGACUCACAGAAUUGUGCCAAGAUAUGACGAAUCACACUACUGCACCGCUGCAAACUAGAAACCUUAUUUUAAAAGUCCAUGAUGUCACUGCAGCUUUCCGAACGCUUUUAAAUUCGAAUAUCGACAGAAGCUCGCAGAGAGCCAUAGAAGAUCAUCUGGCGUUACAAGCUGAAGCUUUAGCCAACGUUUUGGCAACUCUGUUAAGAAGUCUAAGGGUGUUCUCGCCUUAA